AUGGAGGAAAAGCAAAAGGAACUCGAGACAGAAUUGCAACUACUAGCACUUAAUCGCUCCAAGACUGCUGCAAUCGUGGACAAGGGCAACCUCGACAAAAUCCUUCGUCACAAGGAAAUUUUGAAGAAAAUCGUGAAUGCCAUCGAAGAUCUCAAGGUAGACAUCGAAAAAGCCAAGCUUGAGGCUGGAGAAAUCGUCGAGAAUGUGCAGAAAUGGUCAGCAACAAUAGAACAACGCACCGACGAAGCAGAUUUGGAGAUAUCUGAUUUAACUCGCAGUCUUGAAGAAGCUGCGACGAGAGCAGAGGACUACAAGCGUGAGAAGGAGAAAACUUUGCUCGAUCGGCAACGAGAGGAAGAACUAGAGUUUGAAAAACUAAAACUUGAGCAAAAGGCGAAAAUUCAACAAACAGAGCAAGCCGCCGCAAAGCCAGCCAGCAAAAGCAACGUGAAAAUGCCAAAACUAAUCAUCACAAAAUACGACGGCACCUAUGAGAAGUGGCUCUCGUUUUGGAACAAGUUUGAAGCUGAAAUUGAUUCAUCUGAUCUGCCAGCGGUCACAAAAUUCGCUCAUCUGAAAGAAUUGCCGGAACGUAAUGUUUGCGAAUCAAUCGACGGUCUUCCCUUUACUUCUGAAGGCUACCAGCGCGCUAAGAAUAUUCUGACUUCAAAUUACGGCAAGAUAAGCGAGAUUGUAAGGGCAUACAUCGACAACUUGAAUGCCUUGCCAGUGAUAACAGGAUCACAGCCUAGCAAAAUCCAUAAAUUUUGCCAGACUUUGAACUACAAUGUUCAAUCUCUUGAGACGCUGGGUAAACUUUCGUCUUGUUUUUCUAUGGUGCGUGGUGUGCUUGAUAAGCUGCCGGGAAUCAAAGCCGAACUCGUGAGUGGAAAAGUAGGAUGGCAAGACUGGGGAUUCACGGAACUAAUACGAGCUCUAGAAGAAUGGAAGGCAAUUCAUCCACUGGAAUUAGCUGAGAAAGCCAGCGGAAAACCUCAGGCCCAGCCGCCGCCUCGUCCGCCUCGCCACAGAAGUUUCUACGCGCAAGAACGCGAACCAGCCCGCGCGCGACACGCGUGUGUUUAUUGUGAUUGCGUGACGCACAGAUCUUGGGAGUGUGAUAAAAUCACGUCGCCUGCCGAGCGCCGUCAAAUUUUGCAGAAUAAACGGUUGUGUUUUAACUGCACUGGGCCCAAACACAGCGCAAACAACUGCUCUAGUAGAGCUUCCUGUGUACACUGCAAGCAAAAGCACCACUCGUCUAUCUGUGACAGACAAGUAAGAGCAAGUCAGCCUAAAAAUAAUGCUGGAGUCGCAUUGACAGCAACACAAGACGGGGAGAAGGUUUGCCAUCCUAUAGUUCUUGUCAAAGUAAAUGGCGUAACCUGUAGAGCACUACUGGAUACCGGCGCGACCGUUUCUUACGCCUCUGGAUACCUCUUAGAUAGGCUGAAGCUGAGACCAACACGCACGCACACACGCCGUAUUCAAACCAUCGUGGGAGUGGUUACAAAACGAAGCGAGAUCUUCAACGUCCAAGCGAGCGACACGGAUGAAAAGUAUGCCAUUCCACUAGGCGUGACGAGAAUUGACCGUGCCGAAUUGCUGUCUGUUGAAAACCCAAAUUAUGCGGUAAUGAUAAGCAAGUACCCACAUCUGAAGGGAGUGUACAUGGAGGACACAGACUUGAAGAAGAUGCUUCCUGUCCAUGUUAUUCUUGGAGCGAGUGACUAUGCGCGAAUAAAGACCCGCGAAUCCCAGCGAACUGGAGCUAUGGGUGAACCAGUGGCAGAAUAUACUCGCUUUGGGUGGACCAUCAUGUCACCCGGGACGGAGACAGACCUAGACAGCAUGUUCCUAGCGCAAACGGCCCCAAACGAUUAUGAAGAGCUGUAUAGAAUGAACGUCCUUGGACUUGAAGACGCACCUAGUGGUGACCAAAGCGUUGUCUACGCAGAGUUUCGUGAACAGCUUAGAGGCAGUUCUGAUGGGUGGUACGAAGCACGCCUUCCUUGGAAAGGAGACCACCCUCCCCUACCUCCGAAUGAAUCUGGGAGCUUGAAACGCCUGGGAAGUCUAGUACAACGUCUAAAGAAAACAGGUCGUCUGAACGAAUACGAUGCGAUAAUCCAGGACCAACUGCGCGAAGGAAUUGUGGAAGAGGCAGACAUGCCAGCCAGUGGGAAAGAAUUUUACAUACCCCACAAAGCUGUGGUGAGGGAGAAUGUAGAGUCGACCAAGAUGCGGGUAGUCUACGGUGCCUCAGCCAAAGCCCAUAGCUCCGCGCCCUCACUAAAUGACUGCUUGGAGGUUGGACCGCCGCUCCAAAAUAAACUUUGGAAGGUUCUAGUGCGGGGAAGAUUCCAUCCUGUGGCUCUCGCUGGUGAUAUCCGCAAGCCUUUCUCCAAAUUCACUAGAGCACUCUUUGGCUUGGGACCCUCGCCUUUCCUGCUAGGAGGUGUGAUCCAACAGCAUCUGAACACUUGCCGAGAUGAACAUCCCAAGUGCGUGGAAGAGAUUGAGCGUGAGCUAUAUGUGGAUGACAUAUUAUCUGGUGGACCUACUACCAAAGAAGUGAAACAGAAGAAAGCCACAACAACUGAGAUAUUUGCCCAAGCUACUUUCCAUUUGCACAAGUGGCACUCGAACGUGAAAGAGCUGGAACUGGAUGACGUACCCGAAGACAAUGCGAAAGAACUGGAGCCGGUUACAGUGAAUGAGCACGAAGACGACUUAAGCUACGCGAAGCAACAGCUGGGCGUUCAAUCUAGACAGUGUGGACUCCUGGGAUUGAAGUGGAACAAGUUAUCUGACGAAAUUGGGGUCCCUUUUCCCGCGAACGUUGCUCAACCGACGAAAAGAGGGAUCCUGGGAAAGGUGGCUAAGAUCUAUGACCCCUUAGGAUUAGCCGCACCUACCACUCUACAAGGAAAGCUGCUAUAUCGUGAGGCUUGUGAAGAGAAAUGCGCAUGGGACGCGCCGCUAUCUGCAGAGCUAGUUCAGCAGUGGAAGAAGUGGGAGAGCUGUUCACCUCAGCAAAUUAACUGCCCAAGAGCACUGACGAGUGCUCAACAGCCUAUCGAGAACAUCGAGCUUCAUGCCUUUGGAGACGCUAGCGGAAAGGGCGUCGCGGCUGCCGUGUACGCCGUCGUCAAACAGCCGACUUCAGUAAACCAGGGCCUCGUCACAGCAAAGGCAAGACUGGCGAAGCAAGGGUUGACAAUACCUCACCGCGAACUAGUCUCGGGUCACAUGGCCGUGAAUCUUCUAAGCAACGUACAAGAUGCGCUACAAGGGUUUCCUGUAUCCUCCCUACACUGUUGGCUCGAUAGCAGCGUCGCACUACACUGGAUACGCGGGAAUGGAGACUUCAAGCAAUUCGUGGCAAAUUGUGUCCGAAAGAUUAGAGAGCAUGGUGACAUUACGUGGAGACACGUACCAACUAAGGAUAAUCCUGCCGACCUUGCUAGCCGCGGUGGACCGGUCACAGAAGAGAAACAACUGUGGUGGAAGGGACCAGCAUGGCUCAGUGAUCCUAGAGCAUGGCCCCCUGACCUUGUUACCGUACCCACCGCAGAAUCCAACGCAGAAGCCAAAGUGAUAAAGGAAGUCUUAGCCACAGCCCUAUCAUCAGAAGACGAGUUCAGUGUGCUGAUGGAGCAACACAGUCUGUUAAAGGCCUUGCGCGUGUGCGCAUGGGUGUCCAGGUUCCUAACUUAUUCCAGAAACCCGAAGCCAAGAAGAGUGAAAGGACCGCUGACCACCGAUGAAAUGAAGUACCAGGAAACCUGGUGGACCAGACGAGCUCAAGAGGAAGGCAGAAGUUCGAAGAAUUUCGAGGCAGACAAGUUACAGCUUAACUUGCAACCAGAUAACAACGGAAUACUGGAGUGUAGAGGACGAAUCGUCGGUGCAUACCCUAUCAACCUUCCUUAUGGUAACGCAUUCACACACAAGCUUGUUCAACGAGCGCAUCUAGCGACCCUUCAUGGGGGAGUUACACUCACAAUGACCAAAGUUCGGGAGACUCACUGGAUCCCUCGCCAGAGAAAACUUACCAAGAAGGUCAUUAAAAGCUGUUGGGGUUGCAAGAGAUUUCGAGCUCAAGCCUGCCAGUCCCCACCGCCAGGCAAUCUACCAACGACCAGAACCCAAGGAGUGACACCCUACGAAACCAUCGGUUUCAAAGAUGGAAGGUAA